AUGGCUAUGUCUAUUAAUUCAACACAACAUGAGAAUUCUGGAGAAUCCAAUAAUGAUAUGGUAGGUAGUUCCAUAUCUGCAGCUACGGUAGAAAACUUUCCCACAUUUUAUAGUAAACAGCAGGACUACAGAGUUCAAGACGAAUUAAGAUCUCUACACUCCCCCAUAGACAAAGACCAACAGUAUGGCCAUUUUCAGAAUAGCUCUCAGAAUUUUCCUACACAUCAACAUGAUGAAGCUAAAGAUUCCUAUAAUCCUACACCUAACGUUGUAAACAAUGCAACACUUGUUCUUCAAGAACAAGUCCUUCAGCGCCAAGAUGAUAUUACGUGUCCAUCCACAUCUACCGAUGGAAGCUCAGAUAUUGAUUUUAAUCCAAAUGAUUUUGAUUCUUCAAGUUCUUCUGAUGAACGUAAUCGUCAUAGUUCAAUUGCAAAACAACAAGAUGUCCUAUUUUUUGCGGAAGAAAAACCAGAAAUCGCCAAGUCCCGUAAGCGAAAAAGUAACCCAGAUAAUUGGAGGAGAAAUAAAAUAAAAAAAUUACGAAACUCAGAGAGAAUUUGUUUUGAGGAACUUAACUGUAAAGCCUACAAAACACCCCAGAAAAAAAAAGACGCAAUUGAACUUCCAGAAAGUGGUACUUUAAGCAGUGUUACUGAAAGUCGUAGAAAACUAUCCUAUUUUUAUACUUUUCCACAAGAAAAUUGUCCAGUAAAUAGAAUCAAGGUAUGUCAAGCGUUUUUCUUAAAUACUCAGGUCAUAAUACUGGGAAUAAGUCAUCAAAUCGUCAAAACAGUAGUUAAAAAAACUCAUCAUUUAGAUUCAAUAUCGCCACAAGCAGAUUUACGAGGUAAAGUACAAUGUAAUUCUCGAUUGCCAAAACAUUUUAAGGAUUCAGUACGUCAUCAUAUUAACUCCUUUGCUUUGAUCGAGAGUCAUUAUUGCAGAAAAAAUAGCACUAAAAAAUAUUUACCUCCUGACCUCAAUAUCAGCAAAAUGUUCCGUUUAUAUAAAGCAUAUUGCAGGGAUAACAAUAUAAGUACCGUAGCUUCUUAUGCUAUAUAUAGAGAGGUAUUUAACAAUGAAUUUAAUUUGGGAUUCUUUAUUCCCAAGAAGGAUCAGUGCGAUUUUUGCAAAAAAUUUUCUAAUUCUUCUCAAUCAGAAAAGGAAGAACUUCGUUCUGCAAUGGAAGUUCAUCUUAAAAACAAGGAAUUAUCUAGGGAAAAUAAAGAACUAGACAAAGAGAGAGCUAAAACUGAUAAUUCGUUUUGCAUGGCUAUAUACGACUUACAAAAAACGUUGUUAUGUCCUAAAGCUGAAGUAUCUCUCCUUUACUAUAGACGUAAGCUCGCAUGUUAUAAUCUGACUGUGUACGAUGCUGCUAACAAACAGGGAUACUGCUACAUGUGGCCAGAAUCGCUAGCAUGUAGGGGUGCUUGUGAAAUUGGUAGCAGCAUAUUAAGUUUCAUUGACGAAAUGGUACGAAAUGGAAUUAAGGAAUUCAGUUUCUAUAGUGACAACUGCCCGGGGCAAAACCACAAUAGAUUUAUAUAUUGUUUGUAUAUGUAUUGUGCCGCCAAAUAUGACGUUAAAAUUACUCACAGCUUUCUAGAGAAGGGACAUACACAAAACGAGUGCGACUCCGUACAUGGGGUUAUAGAAAGAGCUGCUAAAAAAAUACCCAUAUUUAGUCCACAGCAGUGGUAUACAUUAGCAAGGACUGCGUGUAAAGUGCGGCCUUAUAAAAUUAAAGAAAUGGCUCAGACAGACUUUUAUGAUUUAAAGGACAUGUUAGCCAAAACUACAAAAAAUUGGGAUAAAACUGAACAUGGUUGCAAAGUCAUAUUCAGUAAUUUAAAAGUUAUUAUGGUUGAGCCAAAAUGUCCACACGAACUUAAUGUUAAAUAUAAUUUUGAAGAAGAUUUCAUAAAAAUUAAUACUCUGGAAUUGAAAAGGAGCUACCACAAAUUAGAUUCAUUAGAGACUUAUCAACUUAAAAUAUUGAGAAGCUCACCGGUUCCAAUUUCUUCUGCGAAAUAUAAAGACUUAAUGUUUUUGUGCGAAAACAAAGUUAUACCUACGGAAUACCAUACUUUUUUCACUAAUCUUCAAGGUAGCAACAAUCCCGAACCGGAAACUGAUGAAGAUUAA